UUCAUUUGCCUGAGAUUCUGAGAAUACUAACGAGAGAAAGAGAAGAAGCACAGAGAGAGAUUUGCACUUGGAGGAUCACCAAUGGCUGUCAAAAUUUACAUUGUGUACUAUUCAAUGUAUGGGCAUAUAGAAAAACUAGCAAAGAAAGUACAGGAAGGGGUUAACUCUGUAGAAGGUGCUGAGGCCACACUAUGGCAGGUACCUGAAACACUGCCAUCUGAGGAGCUUGCUAAGCUGAGAGCAUUACCCAAGAGUAUUGUACCAAUUAUUCACCCCAAUCAGCUCCCUGAGGCUGAUAGUUUUAUCUUUGGCUUCCCAACAAGAUUUGGAAUGAUGGCUGCUCAGUUUAAGGCUUUUCUAGAUUCAACUGAAGAACUGUGUAAAACACAACGGCUUGCAGGCAAAUCCGCUGGAAUCAUCACCAGCACCAGUUCCCAAGGUGGUGGACAAGAGACUACAGUGCUUACUGCUAUCACCCCGCUGGCUCAUCAUGGAAUGAUAUUUGUUCCAUUUGGAAUAAGAUUUGCAUACAGUAAUGAGUUUGGCAAUGUGAAGGAAGUGAAAGGUGGAAGUCCAUAUGGUGCAGGAACUUAUGCUGAAAGAGAGGGGCCAACUUCCAUAGAGUCGAUGCAUGCAUUCGACCAUGGAUAUUACUUUGCCAACAUCACAAAGCAGCUCAAGGAAGCUACUGCAUAAUG